AAACAAACUUUGUAAGAGUAAAAUAUACGAAAUAAAACUCAAGUAUUCAAUAGACCAACGCGGCUAGAGGACGGAAAGAAAUUCAUUAAAAACACGCGAAAACAUAAAUGUUGAUAUAACGACGGGUGUGUGGAGUAAAGAGUCCAACAAGCGUAAAAGUGCACAAAAUCCAAAAACAACAAAUACAAAUAAGAAAAAACUGAAAUCAAAUUUUUAUUACUUAAUCAAUAUUUAAAAAAAUAAAACUGAAUUAAAACUUUGCUGGAAGUUCACUUAAUUUUUUGCUAAAAAAAUAUAUUAUUUUAUUAUAACUAAAGAAAUACCUGCAAAAUGGAUAAGAAAUUACACAGUGGUAUACAUCAUCCUACUUUGCGUAUGCUGCAGGAAUCCGGUUGUGAGAUUACACCCCACAAUUUAAUGUAUCCAGUGUUUUUGGUAUGCGAUGAUGACAGUUUCCAGCCCAUUGCCAGUAUGCCCGGCCAGGCUAGAAUGGGUGUAAAUGUACUGAGAGAUCAUUUGACACCUUUGGUUGCUAAGGGCCUAAGUUCUGUCUUACUAUUUGGCGUAGUCGAUUGCGCAAUGAAAGACGAAAAUGCUACACAUGCCGAUUCUAAUGCAAACCCGGUUGUCAAGGCUUUACCUUUACUUAGACAGUGGUUUCCCAAUCUGUUAAUAGCCUGUGAUGUUUGUCUGUGUCCCUACAUGUCUCAUGGCCACUGCGGCAUUUUAAAUGAAGGCGGCUUGAAGAAUGCCGAAAGCAUUAAACGUUUAGCAGAGGUCGCUGUAGCAUAUGGCAAAGCUGGAGCCCAUAUUGUGGCUCCCUCCGAUAUGAUGGACAAUCGCAUAAAAGCGAUUAAAGAAGGUCUCAUUGAAAACAAUUUGGAAAACCGUGUUUCUUUGCUCUCCUACUCGGCGAAAUUCGCUUCAAACUUUUACGGACCCUUCAGAGAUGCCGCCCAGUCAGCUCCCGCAUUUGGCGAUCGCAGGUGUUAUCAACUGCCCAGUGGGUCUAAGGGUUUGGCUAUGCGUGCCGUACAACGUGAUGUUGUAGAGGGCGCCGAUAUGUUAAUGGUCAAGCCAGGCAUGCCUUAUUUGGACAUUUUGAGACAAACUAAAGACACUUAUCCCAAUCAUCCGCUGUAUGUGUAUCAAGUUUCUGGUGAAUACUCUAUGUUGUAUUAUGCUGCUGAACAUGGUGCUUUUGACUUGAAGCAGGCUUUAAUGGAGUCAAUGAAAGGUUUCCGUCGUGCUGGUGCCGAUUGCAUAAUCACCUAUUUUACUCCUCAAAUAUUGGACAUUUUGGAAGAAGAGAAAUGAUGGAUGGUGUAGGUGAAAGAGGACUAGGAGGAAGUGGUUAAUUCAAUUUAAAUUAAGUGUACUUAUUAAGUUAAUUAAGUUCCUUGAACUAACAGAUACAAAUCAUUUUAAAUUUUAAGAAAAAAGUUAAAGUUUUUUAUUCAAAAAGUAAUAAUGAUACAUAGCGGGAAAUUUAAAUAAGCUCGAAAUAAAAGUAUGCCAUUAACAAAUUUCCACCAUAUAAAAUGUAUGUAGAGUGCAAUACAAAUUAUAUGCUUUUCUAGCUGAAAGACUCAUAUAUUUUAUACAAUAAUGGUUACAAUUUCUAUAAAAUUAUAAGAAAUUUUGUUAAAAGAUAAAAACUCGAAUUCAAAUCCUAUUUUAAAACUUUAACUUUUUUCAACAAACAACACGACUUACAACUUAAUUUUAUUAUGCAAUUUAUUUUUUUUUAGACCAUUAACUAUUAGGGUAUUCAAUUAAUCGGGUUUCUGAUUUAAUCGGUUAAUCGAUCAAAUAAUUAAUCGGGGUUUAGAUUUAUUCGGUUAAUAAUCGGUUAAUUUCAAAUUAUUCGAUUAACCGAAUAAUUUCUAUUUUAAAUUGAAAAUACAACCACGAAUUUUGUGUACAAAAACAAAAAACAAACAAAACAUAACAAUUCAACCAAAAAUAAUAGCAAAUAUGGUAUUUAAAAUCCUUUUCGUAUACACCUGUGAGUUUUUUUAGGAUUUUAGUGAGAUCUUCUGAAAUGAUCUUUUAAACAAAAUAUAAUUUAAAUGUUUUCCUUUUAAACGAUUUUUUUUCUUUAGAAUUAAUAAAACUUGACUUUGAAAAAACUCUCUCGCUGAUUGUAGAUGUUGGAGAAAUUGAAAGCAUGAUAAAGAAUAUCCAAUAUCGCAGUUCUUUUUUUUAGUUUUAUCUAAGAAUAUAAAAUCCUUCGUUAUACCAUUGGAGUCCUUUUUGGAUUGUUUUAGAUUUUGAAUACUUUUAAUAUUUUCGUUAAGUUCUGAUAAAAGACUCCUUUCAAAAAAAGUUUCGUCUAUACAUGUAAAUACAAACAAAGUUUCAAAUACAUGUAAAUACAGUUGUUAUACUCACUAAACAUGUUUCUUUGAUGUUCGAAAAAUAUGUAAUUUUAAUUUCACAUUUGUAUUGGAAUUAAAACAAAAAAAUAUGUUACAGUGCAAAAAAAAAAGGAAUUUCGGUUAAUCGGUUAAUCGACACAAAUUAAUCGGUUUAUUUGUUAUUUGAAAAUCGGCGAUUUUAAAUUAUUCGAACAGUUAACCGUCCAAAAUUAAUCGGUUAACCGUUAAUCGAUUGAAUACCCUAUUAACUAUAGACAAUAAUAAAAUAUCUGUAUGUAUUGAUGUACAUUAAAACCAUUAACAAAA